UGAAAGCCUAUUUUCUUUGCAGCAACCAUGAAAUUCCUGCUUAUUGUCGCUUCCCUCGUCGCCGUGGCCGUCGCUGGCCCGACCCGCGCCCUCGUCACCCCCGGAAGUGGUUCCGCGCCUAUCGUGGAUGCUGAAUCCCCUGUCAUCGCUGGACCUGCGCUGAUUGAGAGCCCCAUCUCUGUCGGACCUGCCCUAGUUGAGAGCCCCAUCUCUGUCGGACCUGCCCUAAUUGAGAGCCCCAUCUCUGUCGGACCUGCCCUGGUUGAGAGCCCCAUCUCCGUUGGACCCGCCUUUGUCGACACCCCCAUCGUCGGUGAAAGCCCCGUCUUCGCUGAGCUCCCCAUUGUUGUUGACGCUCCCGUCGUGAACCCCAGCCCCGUUGCUGUUGCUCCCGUCGAGGCUGAGUCCGCCUCCUCUGCGGCCGCUCCCCUGGUUCAGAUCAUCUUGAACAUCAACCAGGCUGUCGCCCCCGAGACCCCUGCUCUCGUGCCCUCUCCCGUCGUCGUCGAGGAGUCUCCCGUCUUCGCCGAGCUCCCCAUCGUGGUCGACACCCCCGUUGCCCCUGAGCCCGUCCAGAUCGUCGACACCCCCGUCGAGGCCCCCAUCGUCGUGCCCGCUCCCAUCGUAGUUGAGCCCCAGCCCAUCGAGCUGCCCGCCCCCGUGCUGCCCGCUCCCAUCGAGGUCGCCCCCGUAAUCACCCUCCCCGACAUCCUGAACUGAACAAAAAACCUCACAUUUUAACUUCUGUAUAGGCUAACCAUCCCUUUACCUUUUAAUACGGUGGCAAUAAACUGUAACGUGACAUUCUUAAUAAAUGAUUUAUUAACUUAGUA